AUGAAUCUACUUUCUGCUACAACUGUUCCUUGUUUUGAUGAGGGUGAAAUUAAUAGAAGAAUCAAGAUUAAGCGAAAGGAACGUCGAUGUCGAACGGUACCGCCAACAACAGCUUUGAUCGAUUCCUGUCGCUUUGAACAUGACGUGCCUUGCAAGGAGUAUCAUCAAAACCAUCAAGAUAGUCGUGGUCCCAUAAUUGAUGUAGGUAUCUCCAUAUCAAAACGAGUUACGAAGCGUCGGACAAAUACGUCGAAGUUGAAACGUGAUGACAAAAGUACUCGAUUUAUGAAUAUAUCCUCAGCAGAGACUCCUCUCAUUAAUGCGGCUUUUCAAUCUUCCCAACCACAAGUACGUUCAAUACCUCGACGAAUACUUUCAACUUCAGCUUCAGCUGAUCGUCCAUCAAAGCAAAAACGAGUUCAAACAAAUCAAGGCCACGAAGAGCUUUCGUAUGUUUCAAAACGUUGUGGUAAUUCAAUUAACGUUCGUCUUGAACAUGACGAGGAUAAACAAUUACACUCUUCAACAGGAAUUGAUUGUGUCGUGAAUCAUGGUAGAAUGACAAUUCCAUCGCGUGAUUGCAAGCAUCGAAAUUUAUCGGCUGGUGUGAAUACAAAGACACGAAUGCGUGCGUUAGCUUCGAAAGAAAUUAUGAAUCGUCCGCCAUCUCGUCAACGGCAUGCGUUUCCGACACAUCUCAUUGAUACAAAUGCAUUUGAUGCUCCAGAGACGACGGAAAGAUCUCGACGGAGUUCUGGAUCGUGUUCGAGAGGAUUAAGCAGAGGAAGUUCUAAAGAUCCGUUUUCAAUUUUUGAAACUAUUGACCGUCCCCCUUCACGAUACAUGGUCAAAGCUAAACGCAGUAAUCCUCAAACACAAACUCAAGAGUGUGAUGGUGUUUCACGCCGUGGUUUAGUUGACAAGAUAGCGCUUUUUUCUACCAACCAAGCUCAUCAUGAUCCGAAGUUAGAUGGAUUUGCAGAUGUAGACGAGAGUGUGCCACCACCAUUUCGAAUUGAAGUUACAACAGAUACAAGUGACACGGCUCGAGAAAUUUCUACUGAUAGAGAAUCACAUGAAGGAAAUGCUCGAAAGUUUCGACAUGAAUCGUAUUCUAGCAAAGAGCAACAUCGGCUUGUGUUCAUGGCAGAAAAUUGCUCGAAUGGAGACCUAGAGAGCAAUCAAACGCUAUCAGACAAUCAAGAGAUUGCACAGAAUCAACUGCAAUGGUUUGGCAAGGACGAUCAAAUUAACAAUGCGCAUUUGUUUGAGACAGUCAUUUCACUACCAAGUCCUCGGCUUUUUAAUGAGGUUAACGCUGAUGUGACUGUUGAAGAUGAUUUGGAGGAUAGUGAUGGGCCUCAAAGUCAAAGUCGAACAUUGUCACCAUUACAAGAGAAUCAAAAUGCACUGCAGGAAGAAUGUGAAAAGCGAUUUGUUUCUAGACGAGCGGCUGCUGCAUCAAAGAGGAUAACACCACCGACUCAAAUCUCUAGAAUUGACGAUCCAGACCUUCAGUGGAUAAGGUCGAGUUCAAAUCCAAUGUUUAUUGAAUCGACUCGGACUGUUGAUUACGAUUCGAUGGAUCCGGAAACCGCAAUUGAGCAAACUCCAUUUUACUCUUCUGAAGAUCUGAUGACUUUUGCAGCGACAGAAAUGUCGGACUUGCACUUGGAUGACUAUAGUGCACAAAGUGAUGUUACGAUGCCUUCCCACCUUCCAUUGACAUCCUCUCGCUCGCCCUUACUUCGUACUUCAUUGGGAAUGGAUUUCUUGAGUCUUUUCGCCCAGCAUUAA